GAAAAACGAAGAUUUAUUUUUACACGCUAUUUUUAGUUUCCUUCAAACUGUUUACAAUUUAUCGGCAAUGCUAAGUAUUUUACACUUGAUUGAGAUUCGAUUGUGUACAAUGUUAUACAAUUUUAAAAAUUUAAUUUUUAUCAAAAACGUCGUAAUGUCGCGAGCUGGAUUGGUAAUUUUGAAUAACCCGCCACAAGAGAAUUAUUAAUAUCGGUGCGAUAAAAUUGCCAUAUAAAAUGUAAAAGAAUAAUGACGUCAAUGCAUUACAUGUCUAAAAUUAAUUUUUGGUGAGAACAUUUUUUUUUUUGUAUUACAUUUGUAACCUGUUCGGUGCAUUGUGCGUGUCUUUUAAUAGCAUGGCGGACAUGAGUCUACUUCGUCCUCUGUGCACGAGGUACAUCAUCACGUAGAAGCUAGUAAUUACUUUAAUAGCAAGCGGUUCAGAAUCAAAUCCGACAUUAUAGCAGUACUAUUCUCUGAUGCGGUAACAUGCCCAGUGAAAUCGUACAUUCCACUAAAGUCCCAAGACUUUUUAAAAUUGCUGCCAAGAUUGUACGAGAGGUUCGUGAGAAUCAUGGCAGCCUCAAGUCGUUGAUUUUCGAAGGAAAACACCCUAACGUGUCUGCGUUAUAUUCUUUAUGCCACAAAACACUGGCCAAAGAAAGACAGUUAGACUACCUUUUAAAGAAAACUAGUAUAUUGGUAAACGAGCCACGUCUGGAUCCGUGGUUAGCGAAGAUUUUGGUAACGGAGUUACUUUGGGGCAAGAAAACCUUGAAAGCUAAAUGCAAACCUAUUCAAACUGUGCUUGCGUACAAACAAAAGUUUUGGGAGGAGUUGAACAAUGUUGACGAUGUCGAGCUUCCUCAAAAACCAGAGAGUUACACAUCUGGAUUAAUGGUUCUAAUCAUCCGUAACAACCGUAUACUUACAAGCCGGCACUCUAGAAUUAAAAGAUUUUUCUCUUAUAUGCGUAAAGAUCAGCAGAGAGAAAAUCAGAAAGAAAGUUCGCCUGAUCAGAAUAAAGAUCAAGGACCAAUUAUGACUUUUGUGGCCGUAUUGGGGAAAUUCUUUAUAUACAGUAUGGCUAUGUUCACUCUGCCAUUCGUUGCAUUUUUCGGAGUACAACAUGUUAUGAAAGUUGAAUUCCAUGUAGAUAGAUUUGUGACGAAUUGCAUUUCUGUGUUUGCUGCUGUAAUUACAGUGAAUUUGAUAAUAGCUUAUUAUGUCUAUCAGGCGCUUCACGAGCCCGAUAAUGCUAACGAUCAGCCUUCUGCAGACGAUCUAAAUGACAAAAUUGAUUAG